AUGACAAAGUCAUAUAUGCCAUUAUUGCGGCCACCUAGACAAUUUAAAAGGGUUUAUUUUAUUUUGAUUCCCUUGAUUUUUGCCGUAAUAGUACUACAUGUUUUCUUUAAUGGGUUUAGUAAAAUAUCUGAUUAUCUGCCAACUUUUAUCACUAAUAGAAUUUUGAAGCAAAAACAACAACAUAAACAAACAGGAGAAAAGUCAUCCAAUGUUAUCUCCUCAUAUUACCCAUCAUUAGCCAUUUAUCCCAAAAAUUUCGAUAAUAGAGUAGAAUAUGUCAAUGAACCAGAAAAUUCUAAAUGGAUACAAUAUUUUGGUGAUUCAAAGACUGUAUUGUCAAAUUAUAUCACUAAUCAAACUUAUACCAAUCAUACUUUUGGAUUAUAUUCUUCAUCUACUACUAAAGUUGCUGGUCUGUGUAAAGAUAUUUUAUAUGAACGGUCAUUUGAAAUCACCAAAUAUCGUACCUUACAUGACGAUUUAUAUAUAUUGACAACAACAUUAUUAAACCAAUUAGAAAAUGAUCCAGCAUUCCAAGAUUUAUCACCAUUUUUCAAAGAUAGAUUACCACAUAUUAUCAUGAGAGGUGAAUUACAUAAACAUAUUUAUAAAUUCGCUGGUACUUCAGUAUGGUUAGAACAACAUGGAGUUCAUUUGAUGCUUAGUCGAGUGAUUUACUCUCAAAAAGGUAGAAAAAAUGAUCCUCAACUUUCAUUAUUAUAUGCUCAAGUUUAUGAUGAAAAUUGGAAUGAAUUAAAUGAUAUUGAAUUGAUUGUCCCUGUGAUUAAUCAUAAAGGUGAACGAGUUUAUGAUGCUGUUAGAUAUCCUCAAUUUGUGGCUAUUCCAUUUUAUCAUAAUUCUGAAUAUACUAAAAGUAGAUGGUAUGGACCAGAAGAUAUUAGAUUGAUAUUAACGAAGAAUAAAUUUGGUGACGAUGAACCAGUGAUAAUUUUCAAUUCAUAUCAUCGUCAAAUUAAAGAUAUGAGUACUGAAGAUGAUACUAAUGUUCAUACUAAAUUUGAAUUUUAUCGUUCCAUGUUUGUUGGUUGGUUGUUUCAAUAUCAAUUAGGGAAAUUAAAUACUGAUGGGAUUCAAGAUUCAAAAUUUAAUAAUGUAACUUUUAAUAAAGUUAAAGAAUUAAGAAUUGAAGGUAAAGAAAGAACUUUAGUUGAGAAAAAUUGGACUCCGUUUAUAGAUACUGAUGAAAGAAAUCAAGUAUCUUAUUAUGGGACUCAAAAUCUUGGUGAUAAUUAUGUAUAUAUUGUUUAUCAAUGGAAUCAUUUGAAAAUUUUGAAAUGUGAAUUGGAUAAUUUUAUUGAUAGUUCACAUUCUACAUGUACUAUGAUUUUCAAAGAUGUUGAAACUACUCAAGAAGUUGGUCCUGUACGUGGUGGAACAGAAUUAUGGCCAAUAAAGAUUGACAACAACAAUAAUGAUAAAAUAGAUGAAUUGCCAUCAAAUAAACAUGAACCUAAACAAAGACAAUUAUGGAUUGGAUUUUUACGUGCUCAUGUCAAAGAUUGUGGUUGUGGUGGAUCAAUGUAUAGACCCAAUUUCUUAAUUUUGGAGAAAAUGAAUUCGAAAUUUAAAUUAACCUAUUUGUCAGGAUCGAUUAAUUUUAAUGUCACGGUCUAUGGAUGGUUGGAUUAUGAUGUUGUUUGUGCUGGUCAUGAAGCCAAUGCCUUGAUUCCAAAUGGUAUUUCAAUGUUUGAUCAAGAUGAAGAUUAUUUAACUUUGACUAUGAGUGUUGCUGAUCAAGAUAAUACUUUGGUUCAUAUUCAUGGUGUGAAAAAUGUAAUUAAUCUGUUGGAUCAUGAUUGGGAUGGUAUUUUGAAAGAGAAUAAACAGAUUGAAUGUGUGGUUAAAAAUGCUACUGAUUAUUGUAAAGCUUAUGGUGAGGAACAUUAUAAAUUAGGUGACUCUGAAGCAGCCAUAAAAGAAGUGAAGAAAAAGGCCAAAGAAGAGGCUGCUAGGAAAAAAGCUGAAAAAGAGAAAGCUCGGAAAGAAAAGGAAGAGAAAGAAAAGGAGGAGAAAGAAAAAGCUGAACAAGAGAAGGCCAAUAAGGAAAAGGAAGAGAAAGAAAAGGCUGAUAAGGAAAUGGCUGACAAAGAGCUAGCUGAACAAGAAGAAGAAGAAGAAGGAAACAAGGACGAAGGUGAUAAAGAAAAAAAUGAUGAAUCUGAAGAAAUAAACGAUGAUGAAGAUCUAGAGAAUCCCGAUGAAGCUGAAGCUGAAGAUGCUGAAGAUGCUGAAGAAGCUGAAGAAGAAGAAGAAGAAGAAGAAGAAGAAGAAGAAGGUAUUGAUGUGUAA